UCUCUCUCAUUCGCUCUCUCUCUCUCCUUCUCUCUCUGGCAAAGUGGUUUCAACAUCUCACAAGUCUCCUCCACCCUCCUCAAGCAUGGCUGACCAGCGCCCAACACGCAAGAAGCAUCGCAACCGCUGUAGCUUCUACCACUGCCGGCGAAAGGAUCACGAGAUGCAAGAUGGUGCCGUCUAUGUUGGCAAGGCGCGCAGGGAGCAGAUUCUUCGAGGACCAGGUGGCUGGCCUGCGCCCGAGCAUCAGAGUUCGAUUGAGAGAGAUCAGUUCGACAAGGAGCUCGCGAAGGCCCGUGCAGUCGUUUGUGCUGCGCACCUCAACGAAAGAGGCCACGAAAAACGCCUUCAACGCGCGCGCAAGCCCUUCUCUCCGGCAGACUUCAGGUCGUUUUACCCCCACGCUUCACAAGCCGCAUCGGGCGACGAACACACCACAGCCGCCGAUGCAGAGAAGGAUUCAGCAGCAACAUGCACAAAACCACAAAGUGAUUGGGGUUGA